CGGGCGCCGCCGCGGCUGAGCCCUGGGAGCGAGCGCGGGGCGGGCCCCGCGCCGCCGGCCUUGUAGCCAUUUUAGGAGGAAACCCGGCUCGCUAGCCUGGGGCGCGGCUUCAAUUUCAAUAACUUUAUUAGUGGCCUCAUCCGCAGAACAGCUAUCGCACCAGUGGCCCCGGGAGGAGGGAGAGCAUCGCGGGAGCCCGGUGUUUUUCCCCACGGCAGGUGGCCCCCGACCCGAGCUGCAAUCAUGGGAAACACCACUAGCGACCGAGUGGCCGGGGAGCGCCACGGCGCCAAGGCUGCACGAGCCGAGGGCGCCGGCGGCCAUGCCCCGGGCAAGGAGCAUAAGAUCAUGGUGGGGAGCACGGACGACCCCAGCGUCUUCAGCCUGCCGGACUCCAAGCUCCCUGGGGACAAAGAGUUUGUAUCAUGGCAACAGGAUUUGGAGGACUCCGUAAAGCCCACACAGCAGGCCCGGCCCACUGUUAUCCGCUGGUCUGAAGGAGGCAAGGAGGUCUUCAUCUCUGGGUCCUUCAACAAUUGGAGCACCAAGAUUCCACUGAUUAAGAGCCAUAAUGACUUUGUUGCCAUCCUGGACCUCCCUGAGGGAGAGCACCAGUACAAGUUCUUUGUGGACGGACAGUGGGUUCAUGAUCCAUCAGAGCCUGUGGUUACCAGUCAGCUUGGCACAAUUAACAAUUUGAUCCAUGUCAAGAAAUCUGACUUUGAGGUGUUUGAUGCUUUAAAGCUAGAUUCAAUGGAAAGCUCAGAGACAUCUUGUCGAGACCUUUCCAGCUCACCCCCAGGGCCUUAUGGUCAAGAAAUGUAUGUAUUUCGAUCAGAGGAGAGAUUCAAAUCCCCACCAAUCCUGCCUCCUCACCUUCUCCAAGUUAUUCUUAACAAGGACACUAAUAUAUCUUGUGACCCAGCCUUGCUCCCCGAGCCCAAUCAUGUUAUGCUGAACCAUCUUUAUGCAUUGUCCAUAAAGGACAGUGUGAUGGUCCUUAGCGCAACCCAUCGCUACAAGAAGAAGUAUGUCACUACUCUGCUGUACAAGCCCAUCUGAAGGGAUCCCUUCCCACUUCCCAGGAUCCAGGAGAAGCAUCUCCCUUGCCUUUCUGGACUGGACCAGUCUUACCUGGGACUCCUGGAAGGCUGAUUUGCUUUGAGGCUAAUAUGUGUGUUUCAGUGCCUCUGAGUAGGAUGCUCUGCUUUUGCAUUUGAUUGCAGAUGAGAGCUUUAUGAGUUCAUGGAAUUUAUUUUAAAAAAUAUUUAUAUAUUUACAUAUGAGAGGAAGGUUAAUGGAAGCCUCCUAGCCAGAUAUAUUCUCUCUGCCUGUGGGAACUGACCAAGACCUGUUUGGGAGAGUGGCCGGGAGAACCAUUAUAGGAAGAUUUUUUCCUAAAGUGAAUGAAGAGCAAACUCUCAGGAUCCCUGUUGGGUAGAGAUUCUAUCACUGCUUCCUUGGCUCUCCAAGGGAUGGACUUGUGCCAGACUGCUGCCCUACUGACAGCUGCCUCCUUGCAGGGGCAACUUUUCUUGCAUGGGUUCUCUGUAUUCCCAGAGUAUGUGGCACAAUCUGUAUUUUUUAUAUGAUACCAGAUGCCCCACAAGAACCCUUUUCCUCUCAUUUCACAUUCUUGCGUUGUUAAUCUGGCCCUUCUCUAACACAAAAAUCAGUGGGUAAGUGACCCUUUUCAAAGAUUGUGUGACACCUGACCCACCUCAGACACUAGGACUUCCAGAAAGUCUCCUUUAUAGCCCAGCACAGGCCCAUGACACUUUGUUACCCUUGUUUUAACUUCUACUACAGAAAAUAUGGUUCAAUAUUAUAUGAAAGGCAGAAUGCAGAAAGUCUACUUUCUUGGUUUGGUUUGGUGCCACAGUUUAGGCUGAACUGGCACAUUCCCAUAGGUUUUCCCACCUGGCUUGGCCCUGCUUCCAUGUUUUCUUUCACAGAGCAUACAGCCUGAAGGUAGGAGUGAAACCAGGGAAAACUUUCAUGUCUUUCAUCCUUGGAAGAUUUUAUGUGCCUAUGUUUUUCUUUUAUCAAAAAAUGCCUUUUCAUUGGUCGUAAGAGACUGUAUCGGAGAACUUCAGGCUCUUGAUAAAGAGCUCCCAAUGUUUUCUCCUCUGGUCUAGCCCUCUACAAUUUUACAUUAAUGUGGCUGACUCUGUGUACAUCGUUACAGUAAACACUACUCUAGAUACAGAUCCAUUCAGGCUCGUUUCUUUCACCUAAAAGGAUCCCUCAACUUAAAGAUUCAUUAGGACAAGAAGCAAGAAAGUACCCUUGCUGUUCCCAACCAUGGAAAGUAUCGUCUUCAUGCACUAAGUGUUAACAGAAUCAUUUUGUUUUUCACCUUUUUCCAAAAAACGUUUUUGAUGAUGACGUGGUGUCAGUGAUUUCCAUUUGUGGAGUAAAAAGUAGCUGUUCAAUCCAUCACUGGGGUUUAGAGAUAAAACAUUUUUUUCCAAGUAUCUGUGGCUGUUCAUUACAGAUAAAUGCAGGCCAAACAUUCAAUCCUGGAGGAUGCUAAACUUGAUGCUUGAGAGGCUCCUUGACUGCUAAGAUGAGCCCAGCCACACUGAAAGGGCACCCGUAGAUCAAUUAGCUACCUCCUGUCUUACGCAUGUAAAGCCAAUAACACAGUUGUUUAUGGGGCUGUAGGCCUCUUAGCUCCUGUGUGAGAGGCAAUAGGGCAUGGGGUUGUUGUUUUGCUGUCAGCUGCUCAGUGCUUUGGUGAUUUAUUGCUGAGAGUAAAUACUGCUUUAGCUACUCAAAGCCCCACACUGCAGCAAAAGGCUUUUGUGGAGAAUGUUUUAUAGUCCCAAUCACUUUUAGAAUGGUGUGCAAUUUAAAACAUCCAAGCCAAAUUCUGUUAUAACCAACUCUCAGGAUCUACACUGUCUUCAGUUAUACUAGAAUUUUGUUUUCUCCUAGAAUUUUGUUUUUUCCAAUACCCAUUAAUAAGUGGGCCACUUAGGAAGAUUUAAAAUCUUGGUUGUUACAGGAAGGAUUUUGGUGUACUCAUAUGUCUUGUCAGCAGUACUGAAAUGUAAUCAUUGAUGUGUUCAUGUAUUAAAAUUUCUGUUCCACACAGUUACAUCAGUAGAGUGGGGCAGGAAAAGAGAUUCCUUCAAUUUCUCUCAGGCCAGAGGCUUCUGUGAACUGGGUCUGUCUCCAAUGACAGUAAGUUUUGGUGCUGGUGACCUUCAGAUCUUUCUAAUCUGGAAAUGUGCAGAACAUGUUAGUUUUCCAAAUCCUGAGGUAAUCUCUCAGCUAGAUCUGAAAUGGGAGCCUACCAUCUGGUAUGGAAAGGGACGAGUAAGAGGAACUGGAUGAUGACUCAUUCAGCCCUGUCCCUCCUCUGUGCUGCUGAUACAUCCCAUGGCCUUGAGAAUUCCUAUCAUACUCUCAGUCUGUCCCUAAGAAAGUGUUUUAGAAUGUAUAGAGGGAGGGAGGAAGGUACCCCAAAGUACAGCUCACUCAUUCUCUUAUAUUGGUUAAAGGGAUAGUUUAUUUUCUACAGAAGAACUUCACAGAUUUUGAAAAUGAAUAAAGGCAAAACAACGUUUUUUGGCUUUUUUUUUUUUUUUUUUUUUUUUUUUUUUGGCCUUUAAAAGUUUCACAGUCAAAGAGUAACAAAAUAGCUCUUUGGGAGGGCUGCUCUUAAAGAAGCACAUCAUGGUUUAGUGGUUGUGGAAAAAAGUGAGCUAAGGAGUAACACUAGGAAAAUUAAGGCUUAAGUAACUCAACUAAAAAUACCCUCUUUUAAAAAAAACUAAAUCAGUCAUAACAUACUGUCUUUGGGUCUCAUUGUACAGAAUUUACUGUAUAAAAAAACUUCCGUUUGUCUCUUGUUUCUAUUUUCUGCCCUUUCUUCUAUAUUUUGCUUUAACUGAAUGUGUCAGGCAGGCUUUACCAGGGUCUAAAGUCAAACAUUAUCUAAAACAAAUAUUAGUCAUCUUGCUGGUAAGGAGAACUUCUGUGUCAUGGCUAUUAGCUUGCUUUAAGCUUAGAGUUGAAUAGGAUUUAAUCACCAUAGGCAAAACCCCUGAAGGGCAUACCUGGCGUCAAUAGUGUUGACUUUUUUAAACAAUCCUUAUUAGGUAGAGAAACACUGUAAUAGAAUAAUCCAAGAGAAGUUUCUGACAGGAUCCUACAAGCCCAGGCCCACUCGCUUCACUCCCAAUUAUUUCUAGUCUCUUGUAGACCUAGUGGAUCUGACAUAAAACUUUUAAAAAGUGUUGGUACUCCAUGUAUGCUGCUAAAAUGAAGUUAAGUUAGAAAAGAAGUGUUGCUAGACUGGGUUUAUAUUAAUCUGGGUAUAAAUGAAGGCAACAUAUUAAUGAUAGACUCCUCAGCUUUUAAUUGGGGAAAUAGGGCUUUUAAAAUUUUAGCCUCAACUAAAAAUGAUAUGCAGUAAUCUCUGUGUAUGUUUGAAAUACAUUCUGUUCUCAGAGAUUUCUAAAUCCUCACAUUCUAGUGAUUUGGGGUGGGGGCCUAAGAGCAGAUACACAGUUGGUUCCUGCAUUAUUCUGACUCAUCCUUAAAGCCAAAUUCUUGCUGACUUCUUCUAGGGGGACUGCUGACUCCAGUUACCCAUGGGAUGGAGGACCUGGGAGGGAUAGGAGUUAAGAGUCUUAAAACUCUGGAUCUAGGCAUUUGUCUCUCCUUAAUUAUCAAUCACAAUUAGAGGUUGAAAUGCUGUGAUUUCUGCAAUGAACCCAAACUUUUGGAGUAAAAAGGCCAAAUCUUUUUAAAUUACAAGAAAAAAAGGAAAGGAAGAGAAAAAACAAAAACAAAAAAACUCUAAGAGUCUUACUCAUAAAACUCAGUUCUUAGCAAUAGAAUCCCUCUAGGAUUCAGACUUGGGCUUUGUCUUGAUUUGCUUUUCUCAGUUGUGCUUUGAAAUGAAUAAAUUUUGUUAAAAAUUAAAUUGUGUAUUAGUUCCAACAUUAACUGGAGUUGAAUUGUGUGUAGGCACAGUGCUUCUGGUCAGAAAUACUAAAUGCUCCGAGGAUUUUGUAGUCAGGUUAAAUGGUCAAGGAACAUCUACCAUAAGCAUUAUAUUAUGUAUUGAUCAUCUUAACUUCUUCUCUAUCCCUGUCUAGAGCGCACCUUCCCAGGUGCUGGUUUUAGAACAGUCAGCGCGCACUGAUGUUGAUUAGUCCUAAUCCCCGCAUAGGCCCCAUAUGUGAGACUUGUUUGAAUUUUGGUAAAUUGGAGAGCGUUCGUCAAGAGUCAGAAUACUGAAGUAUUUUGAAUGUUUACAGCUCUGUUAUAAAGGGGGAAUAAAACUGUACUUUGAAAGGAAUUAAAUAUUAUGAGUCCUCCUUUAAAUGGUGCUUUUUGUAACCUUUAGUGCUGAGAUACGGAGCUACUUUUCAGUAUUUCACAAAGGAGUGGCAUACAAGAAUGAGUUUUAAAGCUUUUCUCCAAAUAUAAUUUGUCACUGGACUCUGACAUGUCUGAAAAUUAUGUGAUGUAACACAUAUAAAAAUGUGAGUUUUCUUCAAUAAAACUGUUGAAUAAAAGUAUCAUACAGCAAUAGUA